UUCUGUUGUUUGAGCUUCUGCGCGCGUCGUCCGCUUUCAUGCACGAGAGGAAGUCACACGCAAACAGUGUUACAUAUUUUGCUCGUACGUCGUUGUUGUCGUGAAAGAUGUCGCACACCAAGCUGCAGCAGUUCCGGAGCCUCUUAACUGAGCGCUUUACUACGGUGGCCGUGGAGAUCUUUGGGGAGAUGGAAGCCGUGGUGGAGGCGUUCUCCGAGGAAAACAAACGUCUGCGCGAGGCGCUGCACCCCGAGAUGCGUUUACUGAGGAUAGGUUCGUCACUGCUGGUUCACCUCCACAUGUCCACUCACUCAGACUAGUGGACAUGAGCCGCACUAGUGGACAUGAGCCGCACUACACCAUGUGACGUGUGACUCAUGUAACGUUCAACAAUGUAACGUUAAACACAAUAUGGAGCAACCACAGACGUCAAAGAGCUGAACAUUAUUAAGGUGGAUCCGGAAAUAUCAGAGCCGCUGCCGAAAGAACCCAAAGAAGAGCCGUUUGAAUAUGACAUAAGUUUGGUAUCAGACCAGCAACCGGGGGGGGAGACCGGGGGGCCUUCAUCACCCACCUGAAGAGAAACCCACAUGAAGAAGACGACCCGAGCAUGCCCCGCAUUGUCGACUCAUUCCACAUAAAAGUGGUCGACCUCAAAUCCAACUCUCCAGGAACCAUCACAUCUGAUGAAGAUGAGAACUAUUGUGAAUCUGACUCUGAUAUCCCAGAUAUCCCAGAGUCCAGGAGCGAGGACAGCCGGGAACUUCAAAAUCCUGAUAAAAAGUCUGCAGAGAGCUUAACGGUAAGGUUGGAAGAAGUCAAAGUGGUGCCUGCAGAAAACCAUGCUCGAACUACCAAGAUAAGGAUGGCGCCCCACCAGCAGUUCGUUCCGGCCCCGACGUUCCAGAGGACAAGAAGCCUCUGAUAACUAAAAUGGGCCUCACAGAGAAAGUUGGAUUGGUGGACUGUGCUUUGGGUCAAGUCCCUGAAGGUUGCCCCCUGUCAGGUCUGGAUUACACGAUUCAUGACGACGCCCCUUCCCGACCGCUGCUCCCCUGACUCAUCACAGACUGAAGCCCAUGGCGGCCGUCCCUACCCUCAGUGCUAAGGAGCAGGAGCAUGUGGACCUCAUGCAGAUCUCCUGGGAGGCCGCACGCAUGCAGGAGCGCUCAACACGAGGACGCAAGGAGGCAGUGGAGGAGCUGAGGAGGCUGCGCCUGACUGGCCGCUUCAGGGACAUCUGCAAGCUGAAACCAGGAAGGAGCAAUGCGGAGCACCUGCUCUUCAAGAUACAGACAGGGUUCCCCUGCAGCCAGGCGGCCCAGCUGGAGGAGGACAGGAAGUCCGAGGCCCUCUGGGAAUACUGUAAACACUUGUGUGUCAACUGGUCCGCCUGCGACUUCGUGGUACACCCCAGUGCUUCGUGGCUGGGGGCGCUGCCCGACGGGUUGGUGUACCACCCCAAGGAGAUGUCCGGCUUCGGGCCGGUGCACGUCCAGUGCAUCGGGUCCAGGAGCUUCGUCGAGUGCAAAUUCCUGUUCUGCCGGGACGGAGUCCUGCAGCCGAAGAGGAGCCACUCGCACUACUGGCACAUCCAAGGGGAGAUGAUGGUGACGGGCACGGAGUGGUGCGACCUGCUGGUGUUCUCCAGAGAGGACCUGCUGGUCCAGCGCGUCUACCGAGAUGCAGCUCUGAUCAGAGUCAUGAAGAGGAAGCUGGACGAUUUCUUUUUUUAUUACUACCUGCCGUGUUUGAGGCCCCAGCUUUAAACAUAACUUAGUUCAAUUCAGCGUAGUCAAAGAUCACUGGAAUUGUUGCUGCAGACCAUUUGGCUGUUUAGUUUUCCUUCUCAUAAGAAGCAUCACAGUUCACAGUCCAAGACUCCAGAGCACAAUACUGCAGGUGUGUUUUAAUGCAACGAGAUGCAAGCGGGAGGCUUGAAUGUUACAAAAUAAAGAUGU